AUGACCCAGCCCAAGACCCAGUCGCUGGUCAAGACAUACAAUCGCCUUCUAUUGAGGCACCCAUUGUUGGUCAAAUCAAUUACUGGUGCUUCUCUAUCCUCCCUAGGUGAACUGAUUAGUCAAUGGGCUGCAAUUGUGAUUCAGAAGGAUGAGAGUAAGGACGAGAAACAACACCAGCGAAAGUCACUUCUACACACAUUAAAGAGGCUAAUAUGUGAGCCCAAGCUGCUUAAAAUCUUUAUUAUGUUCUGCUAUGGCGGUCUAAUCAAUGCACCUAUAAACCACUUCAUGUAUCGCUAUAUCACGCAAAUUACGAACGCACAUAUCAGGUCCCCAAAAGCAAGACAACUAACACAGCUAUUAGCAGCAUUAUCCAUUGUGAGUCCCACUCAGGUAUUUUUCCUCAUCAGUACUCUAACUGUGGUUAACACUAACACUCGCUUGCAAGGAAAUAUAUUGACUAUUUGGCCUCAUAUCCAGCGCAACCUAAAGGCUCAAUAUGCAAAAAUUCUGACAUCGAGCUGUCUGACAUCCACUUUUCUAGUGUCCUUUGCUCAGAAAUUCAUUGAGCCGGAGAAAUGGUCUGUCUUCUUCAGUUUCGCUUACGUAGUGUUGGGUACUGGUCAAAACAUCUACCUGAAGUUGAAGGAUAACUAA